GCGCGGGAGGGAACCGUACGCGAGGAUCGCCCGGCCGCUUUUGCAGGGGCUCGAGGCUUUCGGGAGCCGCCGAGAGAAGCCACUCCAGCCCCGUCGUCCGUUCCCACGAUGAUGCCCAGCAAACCCCUGCGCAAACCCGCGCCCCAGAGCAGCGCGCCCGCGGGCACCGACCGACGUAGCCACCGCUCUAGGAUGGCUCUUCCCGCCCCUGGCACAAGUGUGACAGAUGCAACCCACCUUACGUCAAGUAACAGCCCUGUCGGUGUUCAUGACCCACGAGUUGAAGACCACUUUAGGACCAAUAGUAGAUUCCCAAGCUAUUCAGAAUCUGAGGCAGUGACGGCUUGCGCUUCACAGCUACGCAAGAUGGGGGACAAAUUGAACCUCCGUCAGAAAAUUCUAAACCUGAUUGCUAAACUCUUCUGUCCCGGAACAGGAGAAUGUUUGGAGUAAAAGCAAAAGAUCAAAAGAAAACACAGAAUGUUUUGGAAGAGGUGUGCAUAAUUGGAGUCGUACUUCUGUGAGGCGGAAUGAUUCCUGUGAAUUUCUGCAGUCCGUUUCCCGUUGGCAAGGAAGGCUGCUGUAAGAUUUCUUCAGAUGAUGCAAGGAAAUGCAGAAGAGAAAUAACUGGAAUGUACAGUUUACUGGAUAUUGAACUGUGAAGGGCAUUGAGAAAAAAGGAGGAAUCUGGGAGUGGUGCGCUAACCCUGAGUUCAACAUUCUGAUUUCUCUUGUUCUGGAAUCCAUUCGCUCAGCUGUUACGGUGCUGGAAAAAAAAAACUAAUGGAAUUUCAUGCACAGUGAAGGACAACGGUUUCUUGUAAACUUUGGACAUUGAUUUACAAUGCAAAUCAGUUUCUCAGCUCUUGGCAAUUUUCAUUUUCCGGAGUUUGGAAUCCCAGAUGUAGUAGUAUCCUGGGAAUGUUUUCCUUUUGGGUUUGUUUGGUUAAAGAUGUUAUAUGUCGAUAGAUUAAUACAUUAGCAAUGAGGCUGCAGCUGGUUCAGCUUCCAUGUAGACACCCCCGAGUAUGCCCUAUGGGUAGGAAUUAUAUGGGGUUAUUUGAUUGUUAUUAUUGUCUACACUGUUAAUUAAUUACUUUGGAGUUGUGAACUCAAACUAAAUAUUUCAGAUAAAAAGUUCAAAAUACGCAGUAAGGACUGCAUCAAAAAGCCCUUUGGGUAAAACUGAGUAUUCUUUAGCAUUAUAGAAAUGAAUUGCACAACUGAAUAAAACAUGACUUCUUUGUGUGUAUUGAAGGUGACAAAUUUGCUCACAGUGUUAAGAGGGCUUAAACAGAAUAAGCUUUAGAAUGAAGUAGCAAAUCAAAAGAAGUCAUCGUACAAUAUAACCUUUAGGAGAAAACUAAAACUUUUAAAAUAUGUUAUAAGAAUAAAGAACCACCUUAUUUGAAACAUGUCUGUAGGGUUAACUGUUACAGGUACUUUUGAAAGGGGGAUUUAAAAUAUAGAUCAUUGCCCCCAUUCAAAAGUGGUGUGUUAGAUCAGAAAUUGACAGGGAUCCCUUCUGUGUCCAGGGCUCCGUUCAUUGCAAGAGGGGUGAGAUGAUCUAUGGGUGCAAAACAACACCCAUCAAGACAGAGUGCUUCUGCUGAAGGGUACGCAAGGUUUUUUUUAGUCCGAACUUGUGUCAUCUAGAAUGAAUUUCCUGAUCCCUGGAUUUGAAGCCUCAAAAAUUAUUCUGUAGCUGUCUUAAUAUACAUUCUGUGAAUCAGAAACUGUCAGACUGUUGUAUGAAAUCUAUCCUGGCUUUAAUUAAACCGUAUCUGGACUGGCUGAGAAGUGAGGGAUUUUUAGUAUCCUUCUGUCAAAUGAACUGCAAAAGUUCUUCAACAAUUACUUGAACCCAAAGCAAAAAUAUUUUCUUUGAGUCUCCCAUUUUGAACUGCUUUGCUUGCAAGUGUCAGUUUUAAACAUCAUUUAAUAAGUUUGGUACGUCUCAUCUUGGUUCACAAGUGCUUUGGGCUACUGAAGCACCAUUUGAAAUCUGAAUCACUAACAUUGCUUUCAUCCCAUGAAAAUGCUGAGUUUUGGAUAGGUUUGGUGUUUGGGGAAAGCAAACACCUUGUGCAUUUAUGAAGUGUCAUUUCAAGUUUAUGGUAUAAUAUUUAUUUAUAUGUCUAUGGAUUUUUUUAUUUACAAAGGGGUUCCCUCCAUUGUUUAAUGUCUUGAUGCUGGUGAAUUGCAGAGGAAAUUGCUCUACUAAAUGCAUAUGUUUGUUAGGGACACAGUUUACAGCAAAAGAGCUUGCUCAGUGUUUAAGGACUAUCUCAAGUCUGCACACAGAGUUUGUGUGUAGCUUUUCUCGGAGAGCUCCUUUUCUUUCGUUUUGUGUUAUAUUGUGUUACCUUUUUGUGAUGC